GACAUGGUGCUGCUGCACCACGAGCUGGAGGCGUCAUUCCCGGACGGGCGUGCGAAGGAGAAGCACUCGGCCACGCUGCUGGCGUUUGGGGAGGUGGCGUCUGGGGGCGUGUCUGCCAUGGCUCGUACUGUCGGCCUGCCCGCUGCUCUCGGCGCUGUGCUUCUCCUGCAAGGGAAGGUGCAGCAGCGUGGGGUGCUCAGGCCAGUCACCAGCGACAUCUAUGCACCCUCUCUCAUUGCCCUGGCCAAGCUCGGUGUGCACUGCAAGGAAGCAUCGGAGAAGCUCCUCUGAGAAAGCUGUGGGCUUCUGGAUGGUUGGUGCAAGGCAGGCACGGUGCUGGCAUGAGAGAAAUGAGAAUGGACAGGCUGUAGGGGGCCGCCUCGCUGUCAUUGGCCUACUUUCUUUCGGCAGCGGCAGCACCAACCAACAUGCACCAAGGGGCAUUGGGCUACUAGCAAUGCACGAGACAAGAGUCAUUCGCAGCAGUUGAAUGAGAAGGACCGGAAGGGAGCAGCAGACAGGACUUUUGGCUGGUAUCUCUGCAGGAGCUGCAUACAAACCAGGGCCAGUUUUGGAUCAGCUCAGCAGCAGAAGCAUGCCCCUGAUGACAGCGCAAGCUGCAUCACACUCCCAGCCAGCAGCAGAAGCCCCAACCAAUCUCAACCUCCAAGGCAUGCUGGACCCCGCUGAACCCGUGUUGGCUUGCAACACUCUAGGUCUAGCUUUGCUGCGUGGGGGGAUUAGAAAACAUGUUUUUGUAGUUGUACCUUCAGCGUAGCCCAGCAGCAUGAUGCUUCAUGCUGCCAACUUACUAUGGGUUGGCCUUUGUUAUUCAUCUCAUCCUUGCUCUCCUAUCCUAAUUGCUGGUUGUGGAAGCUUGGAAGUUGCU